AUGCCCGUAGUUCCAGUUCUGACGCCGGAAGAGAAGGAGCAUUUCCUCAACAACGGCUGGCUCAAGAUCCCAGGAGCAUUCACAAAAGAACAAGCCGAUGAGAUCACCAAAGACGUCUGGACCCGGCUGGGCAUGGACCCCAAAGACAAGACAACAUGGCACAGAGUCUGGACCAACAUGCCGCACCACAACACCUUUGACGCAAGCACCUUCGCGCCCCGCGCCUGGGCGGCGAUAAGCGAGGUCUGCGGCGGCGAGGACCGCAUCAACCCAGCAUUCCGGCAGUGGCGCGACAGCCUGAUCGUGAACCUGGGGUCCGCCGAGCGCGAGGGCAAGGCGGACCCGCCGCGCGAGCUGGAGAGGUGGCACGUCGACGGCGACUUCUUCGUGCACUACCUGGACUCGCCGGAGCAGGGGCUGCUGGUGGUGCCGCUGUUCACGGACGUGCCGCCGCGCGGGGGCGGGACCGUGAUCUACCCGCGCGGGAUGCGCGAGGUCGCCGCGCACCUGCACGCCCACCCGGAGGGCGUGUCGCCGCGCAUGGUGCCGCGGGGCGAGCCCAACUUCGGCGCCGACUUCCGCGCCGACAAGGACCUGAACUGGUUCAGGCGCGUGGCGUCGCGGGGCGCCGACGCGGACUUUGUCGAGGUCACCGGCAGCGUCGGCGAUGUCUACAUCCUGCACCCGCUCAUGCUGCACGCAGCUACCAACAACGCCCUGCGCCACGUGCGCAUCAUCACGAACCCGCCCAUUGCGCUCAAGGAGCCGUUCCGGUUCUACAGGGAUGACGGGAGUGAGUAUAGUCUAGUCGAGAGGGCGACGUUGAGGAUGCUAGGGAAGGAGGAGGAAGGGUUGAAGGGCUGGAAGAUCACGCAGCCCAGGGAGGGUCUUGUACCGGAGAGAAUGCGUAUACAGGAGCGGUGGAAGCAGGAAGAGCUGAAGAGGUUGGAGGAGCAUCGCAAACUAGCGUCUGCCACCGCCUGA